UCCUGUGAAAUUGGAGCCUUGAAAAAUCAAAAUCUCGUGGUUUUUUUUUUUUUUGGUGGUAAAAACGCCGACAUGCAAGCGAUCCCAAAUCCGUCGUUGAAUAUCAGCCAUCCGCCAGGUCUCUGAUCGGAAACGAGACGUGGACGAUCGGAUAUUCUCCGCCUGACCGGAGGCUCCGAUCGGAACCGUCGAGUUUCCCGUCCAGGCGAGCUGCUGAAAAAAUAGUCGAGCGAGCAUCGUCGGAAUCGGGAUUUUCGAUUGGGAUCCGAUACACCUUCGUCUUCGGAAGGCAAUCGAUCAUCCGGUGCUCUGAAUCGAAUCAGGCAGCUGAGAUUGUCCCGAGCCUGCAGAGAUGAACGGUCAGGGAGGCCCUUCUAGGAAGAGCAUGUCGCAGGGGAAGAAGAAGUCGUUGGAGAACGGAAGCAGUGAUGGCGGGUGGAAGAAUUCCAUGUCGUCUCGUUCCACGGUGCUAACUGGCGAACGGACAGUCAAGCGGUUGCGAUUGUCAAAGGCCCUGACAAUACCUGAUAGCACAACUGUCUAUGAUGCUUGCCGGCGGAUGGCUGCUCGCAGGGUUGAUGCUGUACUGCUAACUGACUCGAAUGCUUUACUUUGUGGAAUCCUAACUGACAAGGAUGUCGCAACAAGAGUUGUUGCUCGUGAGCUAAAUCUUCAGGAAACGCCUGUUUCGAAAGUCAUGACAAGGAACCCAGUUUUUGUUCUUUCAGACACACUGGCUGUUGAAGCAUUGCAAAAGAUGGUGCAAGGAAAGUUCAGACAUUUGCCUGUAGUGGAGAAUGGUGAGGUCAUUGCUUUGCUUGAUAUAGCGAAGUGCCUGUAUGAUGCUAUUGCGCGUAUGGAAAGGGCAGCUGAAAAGGGCAAAGCCAUUGCAGCAGCUGUUGAAGGUGUGGAAAAAAAUUGGGGGACUUCUAUUUCUGGUCCUAAUACAUUCAUUGAAACUCUUCGAGAGCGAAUGUUCAGGCCCUCCUUAUCCACCAUCAUCACAGAUAAUUCAAAGGUAGUAAGUGUCUCUCCAACUGACUCAGUGUUAACUGCAACAAAGAAGAUGCUUGAAUUUAGGCUAAGUUCAGCAGUUGUAACGGUCGGAAAUAAACCGCGGGGAAUAUUAACUUCGAAGGAUAUUUUGAUGCGUGUCAUAGCACAAAAUCUUUCUUCAGAUUCCACUCCUGUAGAGAAGGUCAUGACCCCGAAUCCCGAAUGUGCAACAGUUGAUACACCAAUUGUAGAUGCUCUGCAUAUAAUGCAUGAUGGGAAAUUCUUACACCUUCCUGUCGUGGAUAGAGAUGGAGGCAUUGUUAUUGUCAUGGACGUGAUUCAUAUCACACAUGCUGCAGUAGCUACAGUGGGAAAUACUGGAGGAGUUGGAAAUGAGGCAGCUAGUGCUAUGAUGCAAAAGUUUUGGGAUUCUGCUAUGGCCUUGGGACCUUUGACUGAUGAUGAAGAUACACACAGUGAAGGAUCUUUGAGACUGGCAUCCGAAGGAACAGACGCUGGGAGGUCUGCAUUUCCAUCUUCAGGCUUGGGUACUACCUUUGGCUUUAAGCUUGAAGAUAGAAAGGGACGAAUGCAUAGAUUCAACUGUGAUACACGGAGCUUGACAGAUCUAAUUACGGCCAUUCUUCAAAGGGUGGGCGACGAUAUUGACAGGAACCACCUGCCACAAAUUCUGUAUGAAGAUGAAGACCAUGAUAAAGUCAUACUUGCUUCGGACAGCGACCUUGCAGCAGCUGUGGACCAUGCUAGGCUAGCUGGUUGGAAGGGUUUAAGGCUGCAUUUAGAUUACUCGGGCUCAGAUGGCAGAAGGAAACGCGGUGGUGGGUCUGGAAGCAUGGAGUAUGCGCACAAGGAUGCUUGGGCCGCUGCAUACAGUGCUGUUGCAGCGGGGGCAGCUCUUGUCGCAGGGCUCGGCGUGAUGGCUUACUUGAAGAGAUCCAGCUCUUAAACAGGACUACCAAUCUCAAGCAUCUGACACUUCCCAAGAGCCUUUGGCAUGUUUUCUGUUUUGAUAAUUUAUAGAAAAGCUGUUGUGUUGAGAACAAUGCCUUCCUAUCAUUGUCAAAUGAGGCGUCGGAUCAAUGGGCCCUCUUUUGAUCCAUUUGAAUUGAGCAGUGGAGUGGGCCCCACCGUGGUUUUGUAAGGUUAUGAAAGUCAGGUGUAUUGUACAUCUCCCACAAGGGAGCUGCAUAAGAUUUACACAUGCUCUUCGGUAAUGCCAUACUUUAUUUUCUA